AUGUUAUGUUAUUAUUUUUCCCAUUGCUCCAAUAGUGAUAACACUUAAUACAUAUUGUUGUUUAGUAAAUAAUUGUGGUUGAAUAUUUCUUAAAUUUGUACCAUGGAAGACCAUGUUAGUGCCAGUGGAGACGCCAAGUCAAUGAAAUCAAGUUUGAAAGGUUGGAGGGAAAUUUUUGUAGUUGCUAGUAAGCUAACAAAGUGGGAGAAGCCGUUUUACCCUGGCAUCGUGUUUGCGAUUAUUUCUGCCGUAUUUCUCUUGAUUUGGUAUUUGGAUCCUUCCCUUAUAACUGGAGUUUCGAUGGUCAUGAUGAUGGUUUGUCUUCUGGAUUAUUUGAUCCCAUUCAUCUCUCCUAUUGUGUUUCCUGAGACCAACUGGAACGGAGACAAAGAGAAAGAGUUCACGAAUGGCUGUGCAGCUUUGUCCAACGCACGUGUUACGUUUCGCAAAAGUAUGUCGAGCCUCUUCAAGCUUAAAGACACCAACCCAUGGUUGUAUGUCGCAAUCUCUACAGUCUCACUCAGCACACUGGCGUGGCUUGGCAACCAGAUGCAUAAUCUCAUGUUAGCUUACUUUAUCGCAUUGAUAAUUGCUGCAAUACCAGGAUUGGCUCAUCAUGGAUUACUCAAGCAAGGGAUAGAAGCCGUGAGUCGCUUGGGAAAGAAGAAAAGUCAGUAAACACUAGUUAUUAAAAAAAUUGCUACAAUUCCCAAAACGUUAAGCAAACUAUUUAGAACACCGCUGUGAAAUUUGGUCAACAAUUUUGGCAAACAGUUACAACAACAAUAACAAGCAAUGUAACAUAUGUGUUGUUUUUUUCAUCUUUAAAACAUUACACAUCUGCCAUAUAUACUUGUACUGAUUUGGAUUUUGCACAUAUUACUGUAUAAUAGUGUUGUUUGCAUGCAGUUCUUCAUUUCCUUUUAGAGGGGUAACAUAUCCUGAGUGUUAGUUUUAACAUAAAAAACUUGUUAGUGGAGUAAAUUUUAUUUUAUGUGUUUAGUAUACAAACUAGACCCUGUAUUUUAAUUGGCAACAAAACAUUUGUGUUGGAUCAUUUUUUGUUACAUAUGGCAUCACAUGCAAAAGUAUUACUUUUGUAUUUGUGGAGGUUUCAAUUUAUUUCAAACAGAUGGCUAUUAGUUUAAUAUAAAGGAUUAAGCCUUUUCUUGCCUGACAUACUUUUAAUAAAACAUAUUUUCCUGAUAUUGGA